CCUAGACCCCUCCCACCGUGUCUGAGGCCCCUCCCCCUCCCAGCGUCGCCACCAUGCCCGCCGCCCUGGCGGACUCGUCCCAGAUCAUCUGCGAGGUCUGGGCCAACAACGUGGACGAGGAGAUGCACAAGAUCCGACACAUCAUCCAGAGCUUCAACUUCAUCGCCAUGGACACAGAGUUCCCGGGCGUGGUGGUGCGGCCCAUCGGGGAGUUCCGGAGCACGGUGGACUACCAGUACCAGCUGCUGCGCUGCAACGUGGACCUGCUGAAGAUCAUCCAGCUGGGCCUCAGCUUCAUGAACGAGGACGGAGACUACCCCGCCGGGACCACCACCUGGCAGUUCAACUUCAAGUUCAACCUCACGGAGGACAUGUACUCCCAGGACUCCAUCGACCUGCUCCAGAACUCCGGCCUCCAGUUCAAGAAGCACGAGGAGGACGGCAUCGACACGCUGUACUUCGCCGAGCUGCUGAUGACCUCUGGCCUCGUGCUGUGUGAAAACGUCAAGUGGCUGUCCUUCCACAGCGGCUACGACUUCGGCUACCUGGUGAAGCUGCUGACGGACGCCCGUCUCCCGGAGGAGGAACACGACUUCUUCCAGAUCCUCAACCUCUUCUUCCCGGCCAUCUACGACGUCAAGUACCUGAUGAAGAGUUGUAAGAACCUCAAGGGGGGUCUGCAGGAAGUGGCCGACCAGCUGGAGCUGAAGAGGAUUGGUCGACAGCAUCAGGCCGGCUCUGACUCUCUGCUCACGGGAAUGGCCUUCUUCAGGAUGAAGGAGCUCUUCUUCGAGGACAACAUCGACGACGCCAAGUACUGCGGGAGGCUGUACGGCCUGGGCUCGGGCUUCGGCCAGCCGCAGAACGGGCUCUCCAGCUCCGCCCAGGACCAGGACUCCAACAGCAAGCACUGAGCCUCCAGCAGUGGGACACUCGUUUUAACCAGCACCCCCCCCCCCCCGACCGUAGGACCAGCCCCCCCACCACCACCA